AUGUCUGAACACUACUCCGACUGCAGGACACAAGUUCAGAGGAAGCUGCAGGGCCCAGUGGUUCCCGCAGACGUGCACCAGCAACAACUGCCUUUGUGGUGUCGGGCCCUGCAGCUGUUGCUUGGCCAAGUGGGCUUACACCCACCCUCCCAGCCGACCCCCCAGCCUACCCCACGAGAGCCGCAGGCACCCCCUCGUAGGCAGUUGAGGCAGCAGGACCUCGAGGGCGCCGUCCAGAUGGCUACUGCCGAAUACGUUCGGCAGGGCCAGUCGGCGGAAGCCAGGGCGCAGGAGGAGGCCCGCUUCCGCCGACAAAUGCUGGAGCAAAACCAGCGGCACCACGAGGCCCAUAUGGACAUCCUGCGCCAGCAACAUGCUGUCCACAUGGAGGGACUGCAACAGCUGAGGAAGGAGGUCGGCAGCAUGCGCGACGUUCAGCAGCAGCGGCUGGCAGUGGAACGGCGCUCACAGGAGACGAACCAGCGUCUCCUGCAGCUGCUGCUGACUGCACCGGCCCAUGGUGGUGGCCAAGUCCCUCCCCCCUCUCAGGACCCACAUAUUUAA